GGAAAUUAAGUUUGAACCGGAAAUUCAGUUUGUACAUGGUUUCCAGUUGAAUGCAUCAAAUAUACAACGAAUCUAUCUUUUUAUGAACGUCAAGAACAGAUUCGAAUCAAAAGUCAAACUUCUAACGCUUGAUAAUCGGAACAGUAAAGGGGAAACCUUCAAAACCCUCCAAGGUGCGGCGCUUCAGUGUUGCGACGGCAACGAAUCCUGGAUGCUUCUGUCCUCUGCUCUUAUUCCUGGAGAAUCUCAGGUGCUUUGGGCAGGUGUCUUUCAGGACAACACUGGAGACGCCGCGGUGGCCAUUUUUGACAUCAGCCCAUCGCAAACAGGCCCUGUUUCAGGGUUCUGCUUUAACAAAGAUGAGUGUAACGAAGAAGAUAAACGCCAGUCUGAUCUGGUCAAAGAUAAAGUUCUCAAGCCGGCUGCAGUGGUGUUCAAGUACAGCAACAUAACAUCAGUCGCUGCUUUAAGGAGCAACUCCUGGAUUGUGCUUUUCUUUGGCACUGGAACUGGACUGCUGAUCAAGCUUGUUGUGGAUGCAUCCCUCAAACCUGGCUGCCCCACCGUGCUGUACAGUUCAAAUGAGGAUCAACACAUUUUACCCAGGAUGCUCUUUACCCCAGUGCAUCACACAGACAUUUACAUUGCUCUGGGAAACCAGAUGAUAAGGGUCCCUGUGGCCCAGUGUGGUGUGUAUCAGACUCUGAGGGACUGCUGGUCUGCCCUGGACCCCUUCUGUGGCUGGUGUGUGUCUCAAAGCAGAUGCUCGUUUCAACAUGACUGUUCCAGCUCUGACUGGGUCUCAGUUCCUGGGACGUCCCUGCAGAGGGAGAUUAUUUCUGUCCACAUGAAGAGGAGCACCAAUGGGCAGGACAUCACGGUUACAGCUGCACCCAACCUGAACAUUGGCAUACAUUUUUCGUGUGCUUUAGAGAAGUGUGACAGCCCUGGGCCUUCUUCCUGUUCCUGCAUCCUCUCUAGUGAGAGCUUCCCUGCCGAAGGACUCAGCCUAAGCGUCCUCAUUACAAUCCAGAGGGAGACGCUCAUUAAGGACGUGCUUUUGGAAAACUGCUCCGCUAUCAGAGGAGGGCCACCUUCUGUUUUGUCCCCAGUGUUGUCCUAUUCUGGAAACUCCCCUUCCGUUGAGUUGCUGACGUUCCACAUUCCGAGUGGAACCAAAAGCACCGUGAGAGUGUGUGUGCUGACACCAGAUAGCCAGUGUCAUGGCAACGCCAAACUCACCUACGCCUCCCAGCCGACCUGCAGAGGCCUAUCCCCAAACACCACGUGGGCCAGUGGUGGCAGAGAGAUCUUGUUUGCGGGUUCUAAUCUGGAGUUUGUGGAGAAGGUGAAGCACGGCGGAUCAUCUGAGGAGAUCCUCAUUUCCCUACAAACAAGGGAAAUCUUUUUCUUCUUCCAGAAACUCGGCUAUUUCACCCCCCCCGGUCUGUCGGACUCUCCUAUGCCCAUGCAGGAGUCUGUGAUGCUGAUAGUGGGGAACUACUCUGUGACCUGCAAAGGCAAGCUCACCUACCACCCAGACCCGCACUUCACGAGCUUCACUACCAUACCUACGGGCAAGGACAUGUCUGUCGUCAUACAGAAAACUGCAGACUCCCUGGUGUUGAAACAAGAAGAGAUCAGUGUACAGGCCAUGCAGGGGGAGAAGUCUUAUGGCUGUGUGAUUGAACGAAUCGAACCCAGUGCUGACACAACCGCUGUUGUGUGUGUGAUCAGUAAUCAGACAGGCCUCAGCAUAGACACACUGAAGAUCACUGUUGGAGGGUCACUGUCAGUAAGCCUUAAGAAAAGCCAGAACCUGUCGUACCCCAUCACUAUCUUCAUCGCCUUCACAAUCUGUGUGGUGGUGGUGGUGGUUGUGUACUUGGAUCGUGAGAAGCAGAGGAUGCCGAUGAAUCAGAAUGCUCCAGAGCAGCUGGAGAUGUCAGAAUACGACGACAUUGGCAACGAAUACGACUACAUCUGCCAAGAAUACGACGACAUCAGCCAAGAAUACGACGACAUCAGCCAAGAAUACGACGACAUCGGCCCAGAAUACGUCGUAAUCGACGACGACAACGACGACAAAGACGACACCGGCAACGACUACGACGAAAUCGGCCAAGGUUUCGUGGAGAUGCGGACAGAAAGAUCAGACAUUAUCUCUAGCACUGGAGCCAUACCCUUCCUGGAUUACAAGCAUUUUGCUUCUAGAAUUUUCUUUCCUGAGGGAGGACCUCUGGCAACGUCUAUGAGGAAAGAUAUGACUCAGCUGUCAGUGAAGGAGCAGCAGGAACAGAGCUGCAAAGCGCUGUCCCACCUGAUCCGAGACCCGCUCUUCCUCGUCUCCUUCAUUCACACCCUGGAGGAGCAGAAGAACUUCACCGACAAGGACAAGUGA